UUUUUUGUCCGCAAAUGUUUGUCCGCAAAAUUUUAUUUUUUUUAAUGAAGUUUCUUUUAAUUUUAUUUUGUGAAUUUAUACUAGAAAUGAACAGUGGAGACCAAGAAAACAACGAUGAUUUUGAUCAACAACAAUGUGUGCCGUUAUUUAUAGCUGCUCCAAUGGUUCGAUAUUCAAAAUUGCCAUUUAGACGACUUGUCAAAAACUAUGGCUGUGACAUUGUUUAUACUCCAAUGAUUUAUGCAGAUUGUUUUAUAAAAUCAGAAAAGUGUAGAGCUGUUGAAUUUGUACCAAGUGAAGGAGACUUUCCUAUUGUUCAAUUUGCUGCUAAAAAUGCUGAAGAUUUUGCUGGUGCUGCAGAAUUAGUUUAUGGUCAUUGUCAAGGAAUCGAUUUAAAUUGUGGCUGUCCUAAAAGAGAUGUCCGCUCAGAAGGUUUUGGUUCUAAACUUUUGGAUGAUCCCCAACUAAUAUUUGAUAUUGUUAAACAAUGUAGAAGAAGAAUAUCAGAUGAAAACUUUUCAAUUUCAAUAAAAAUAAGAUUAAAAAAAUCGUUGGAAGAAACUGUGGAUUUGUGUAGAAAGGCAGAAUAUGCCGGUAUUUCACACAUUACUGUUCAUGCUAGAACUGUUGAACAAAGAAAUGAGCCACCCAAUUAUGAUUCGAUUGCAACAAUUAAACAAGCGUUAAAUAUCCCUGUAUUCGCUAAUGGUAACUGUAAAACACGUUUAGAAGCCUUAAACAUAUCAAAAUUAACAAAAGCUGAUGGUGUAAUGGCCGCAAAUGGUUUAUUAGAAAAUCCUGCUAUGUUUGUUGGCUAUUUAAAAACACCAAAACAAUGUGUUUUAAAUUGGUUGGAAAUGGAGAAGGAAGAAAAUUUGUCUUUUGAAUAUUUUCAUCAAAUUUUGGUUUUUAUGUUGAGAUUUUGUGAAGCAUGUUUCAUAAAAUAUGAAGCAUGCUGCAAAAAAGUUUGA